UGUACACGUGUUUCGAUGACGCAAAGCGCAUUAGGGUCCAAAUAUUGUGACAGCCUGUCAGUAAAACAUACGUGUAAAGGAAGAUAAACUUAUAUCAAGCAGGAUUGGAAUCAUUUACAAAGGGGCAGAUAUAAAAUAAACCAAGAUGAGGCGAGCACACAUGGGAAAUGACCAACCUUAUAAACCUACUGCACAAAUGUUGGAGGCAGAGAAUCAGCAUAUGGAGGAUCAGUUAUCAAGCAAAGUCAAGGCUCUGAAAUCUCUAACAAUUGACAUGGGAAAUGAAGUGAGGGAACAGAACAAGUUUUUAACAGAAAUGGAUGAUGACUUCGACAAGAGCGGAGGAUUAUUGAAAUCAUCGAUGGGACGGUUAAAGGAUAUUGCAAGUAAAGGCGGUCCUAGAUUGUGGUGUUACAUGUUUCUGUUUAUUUUGUUCGUCAUCUUUAUCUGCUGGGUUAUCAUCAGGUUCCGGUGACCUCUGCCAUGCAGAAUUUACGUUACUGACAGAAUAUUUCCUCUACAGCAUUUACCUGUUGGACAAACGACAGAAUUCAAGUGGCUGACCCUCGUUCUUGAAACAUCUUUGACAUUGACCUGGCAGUGUCGUAUCAAUAGUAAACUACAAUCCAGUUGUUGAUUGACCAACAUUUUUUGUAGAGUUACCUCCCUUCCCUCAUUCUCCCUCAAGCUGCCAACCACUCUGAUUGUCAUUGUUUAAUUUAUUGCUGCUUGUGUAUUUAUAUAAGUAAUUGAUCCACAUGAACAUGUCAUGGAAGACCACUCUAGUCAUCAGAAAAUAUCUUGGUCUCCUAAAAAUAAAGAUCUUCUCAUAAAACAAGCAUGAAGAAUUAAUAUGUCUUAAAUACCUAAUUAAUAUCAUAUGGACUUAAUUAAUAUUAUAUGGACUUUUAAGCUACAAAUUUAUAUUUUUGUGUACAAUUUGUGCUGUUUAAACAUGAUAACAUGUGCCAUAAUUUCCAUUGAAAGAAUUUUAAUCAAUUUCUUUGAGAGUUUAGCUUGAGAGUUAUUUUUAUAUUAAAUGCUUUAAUAUGUAACAGAAUAGACUAUUGUCAUAUUAAAUCUGCAUGAAUUCUAUGAUGUCAAGGCAAUAUUUUUAACGAAAAUUCAUUAUGGAUCCAUGUGAAUCAGAAGAAGAGAGAUGGGGUAAAAAGGAUUAAGUGAGAUUUAUUGAAAUUGUAUGCCAGAGACUUGAGAAGUCACAUUUGUGAGUGUAAAGCUUGGACUAUUGAUAUCGCAUACUGCAAGGACAGGAAAAAACAGUAUCCAGAGAAAAAUUGAACAUGACUUUCUUUACAUAUUUUCUUUAAUUUGAAUACAAUCAGAGGGUAAGGAGCAUGCCGCUAAGAUGGAAAAUUGUCAAACCCAUAGGUAUUGUGCUACUGGGUUCGAAACGGGAUCUUGCUAUCACGACUAGAGAAAAUCUCUUUGUUGGGAUGAAACAGGAUCUUAUUAUAUCAAACAUGAUCAGGAUACAAGGGAGUUUGGGAUGGGGUGUGGUCGAAGGGUUCUACAUCAAUGAAGGAUGAAAGAGCAUGGGGUUCUUGAGAGUUCGGAGUUGGGGAUGGAAAAUGAUGAUGAGAGUUUGGUUGUGGUUGAUAUUGGCCGUUGGGAUGAUGUGGAUGGUCGUUCUAUCUAGGGGGGAUGGAGGUGGGAAUUGGAGGUGAUUGGAAACAAUGUCUUGAGGGUGGGGAGUUUGUGAUGAUAAUGAUGGAUAGAGUGGGGUGUAUGGUUGAGGAUGGGAGUUAGGGGUGAUUGUUAUUGGUGUUUCGGUGGUUUGGGGGAGGGAGCUGGGCAUGGCUGAAAACGGCACCUGGUUGGUUGAGGAUGGGAGUUGUGGGUGAUUGUUAUUGGUGGUUGGGGAAGGGGAUUGGGCAUGGUUUGUUUUGUGUUGUAAUGACAGAAGGAAUGUUUGUUUAAACACGUGUCCGACACUUUGAUCUAUAUAUAUAGAUAAAUUGUUAAGUUUUAAAAUAAAAAAAAUGAAUACUACA